AUGAACAAUGGUAUCUAUGAUCUCAUUAUGUAUAUUCCUAUUCCGAUCUCUAUCAUCGGCUCUAUAAACAAUGGCAUUUCUAUAGCUCCAACAAGCAUACACAGUUGGCGAGACACUCAACAGGCCAGGAACUUAGCUUCUCCUAUAGAUCAAUCGGUUCCCGAUCCUAAGUGGUGUAAGCCACCCACCGGUUGGCUAAAAUGCAACAUUGAUGCAUCUUUUUCUAGUAACAAGGUUGGUAUAGGUGCCUGUAUCAGAAAUAAUGAUGAGGGUACUUUUAUUACAGCUCAGACAAAAUGGUUUUCUCCUAUUACUGAUGUUGAUACCGGUGAAGCUCUUGGACUCUUAGCUGCAAUUAAUUGGGUUUUGGACCUUGGCUAUGAUAAUGUGGUUUUUGAGUCGGACUCUAAAAGUGUAGUGGAUAGUGUGACUAUUCCUAAGCCAAACGACUCAGAUUUUGGCGCCAUUACUCGAGCUUGUUAUCAGGUCCUGACUCACUCUACUAGGAACUUUCAGGUUAAGUUUAUUAGAAGACAAGCUAAUGAAGUUGCUCAUGCUUUGGCUAAGGCGGCUCCAUCUCUUGCUAGUUUUCACGUUUUUAACAAUGUACCUACUUGUAUUUACAAUAUUAUUAUUAAUGAAAUGGUUUAG